CAGAUAUAGUGAAUGCAGGGUCCGGGGAGACCGGAUAUAGUGAAUGCAGGGUCCUGGGGAGACCGGAUAUAGUGAAUGCAGGGUCCGGGGAGACCGGAUAUAGUGAAUGCAGGGUCCGAGGAGACCGGAUAUAGGGAAUGCAGGGUCCGAGGAGACCGGAUAUAGUGAAUGCAGGGUCCGGGGAGACCAGAUAUAGUGAAUGCAGGGGUCCGGGGAGACCAGAUAUAGUGAAUGCAGGGUCCGGGGAGACCGGAUAUAGUGAAUGCAGGGUCCGGGGAGACCGGAUAUAGUGAAUGCAGGGUCCGGGGAGACCGGAUAUAGUGAAUGCAGGGUCCGGGGAGA